AUGAUUCCUGGAGAUGACCGUUCAAAGAUCAAGGUUCAGAGCCUGAAAGGGCCGUUAGGCAAUAUGCCUUCGACCCAGAAAGAGCUUGACAGUAUUUUUGAAUCUGCCCAAACUUGGCUUACUGCUGGCGGUGUCAGUACCGAUGAAAACCGUUUAGAAAAGCUAUAUCAAGCAAGUGGCUUGACCACGGGAAGCUUAGCUUUGGAUAUAGACGAAAAAAGAACAAUUGUAAUUGGUAAAGUUUUGGACUAUUUAGUAUCCAUUCAGAAAGAGACAUUGGCAAUUGCUUCGAAAUCUGCGUCUGGUGAAACAUCUACGUCAGAUUUGAUUGUCAUAUCCCUUCAUGAUAUGAAGAUUUUCAAUGCUUUGACAAAUUUAUUAGUGAUAGAGGGGAUAUAUCCAUGUCUUUCGGAUGGAGUGGGAAUACCACUGGAACUUCGGUUCAAAGGGAAAAAGACAAUUGCUAAAGUGAAUAGUUCAACUGCGAGAUCAUUGUUGAAAGAGAUAAUGACCCGUAUAUUGACACUUAUUACUACGGCAGGGGACGUUCGAGAUAUAAUAUUAUUGGGAACUUACUCCUCAGAUUUUAUAUGUGGAUCUAUAGAAUUGGCUUAUAAACCGGGACACGAAGAUGAACGCCAUUUAUACCAGCCUUUGUUUCAAAGUGUCACGGACCAAAUGGAUACUUAUACAUUGUUUUCAAGCUAUCUUUCGCUGUUACGACCAGGCACCCCACCUUGGUUUCGAGAAGUGGUGUCUCAUAACCUGGCUCUAAUUCCAGUCGUUCGUAGUGAUGGUAUACGAGGGCUCCUAGACUUUAUUGGUGGACUUCGAGAAAGUGAACAGAUUUCUCUCGACCAACUUAACAAGGUUGUAAGAAUUCUCCGUGCGUCACCAAAAGGAAUGGAUUUAGGAAAGUACCAGAAAGCUCUAUCUGACCAGUUUAUUAAUUUGCUCUCAAACCCACCAUUAACUCCUUCAGGUAACAAUAUGAUUGUGGCAACUGUCUACGUUAUUUAUUCACUUUUCGAUCAGCGGCCUGGUCUAUUAGAAAAUUUCCAGCAAUCCUUAGUAGACGGAUUGGUACCCAAGUUUGGAUCUGAGGAAAAAAAUGAGAUUAUUCGGUCAGAGAAUGACGUUGACAGAUAUUUAACGAUAUUUUCACAUCUUGUCAAGGAUGUUUCACAGCCAGAACUACUAGAACGCAUCCGUAGCAAGGUCAUCGUUUCAUUAUGGCUUCUAUUGACUUUUCUUAAUGGAUCCAAGAGACCUAUACAGACUAUUUGUGAACUUAUUGUAUCUCUUUUGAAUGUGGAUGCAUCUAGUUCACAGUCGUCGGAAGAUGCGUCAAAAAUUGUUCACUCUUUAUUAAUAAACAGUCAAGGAACAGACGAUAAUAAUCAGUGGACCUAUGGAGGUGGUCCCAAUGGCGGAGUCGUUAUAAAAAAGGCGCCAAAUACUAUAUCAAACUCAAUGGAGAUGAUUCAAGCAGCAUUUGAUCAACUUGACCAGAGAGUAGAGUUGUUCAUGAGCAUCCUGAAUCAAAAAUUAGACCCGAAAGUUAUAAGUGGGUUGUUUAUAAUUAUUGUGAAGAGAUGGUUGGUUAAACGAACAGAAUUAGAAAACGACGACACGGACCCAUUCAGUGCACUUGUUAAUGUUAAAAUAAUUGAAAAGAUUGCAAACGAACAAAAAGAACAUCUGAUGAAAUCGCCCAAAGAAAUCAUUGACCUUAUAUCCAGCAUGAUAACAGAAUAUGCUAUCAAUUUGCAAGAUGACUUGGAAAGAGCCAAGGUUGUUAAAAACAGUGCCAAUAAGCCUACGGUCCAAGGCUUGUCAAGUAUUACCAGUCGAGCCUCUCUUCCACAAGAUUCUGACGAUGAGUUGAGCGAUAAUGAUGGGGAUAGUGACGACGAGAAUGAUACAGACGAUCAAGGAGAAGUUGUCAGCAUAUGUCUGUCACUUAUUACAGGUUUGAUUAUGGAGGAGGUAUCUCAAAAAGAUUUGGAUCUAUUACGAAAAAUUUUACCCCAACUAGAGUGGCUAUCAGAAAAUGGACCUACUUACUUGAAGGAUAAAGUGCUUACCGCGAUUGACAUACUAAAAAAUCCUCAAAAUGUGCUUGGUGAUGGAGAAGAGGAAGACUUUAGUGACUCUACAGCUGUUUACAAUAAAGCUCUAGCUUCGCUUGAAGACCCAAUUAUUCCAGUGCGAGCACAUGGAAUUCAUCUAUUGCGGACACUUAUUCGAAACAGAGAUCCAAUUAUAAAUCUAGAGAGUGCAUUAAGGAUAUUUAUUGGCCAGCUUAAAGACGAAGACUCGUUCAUCUAUUUAAAUUCAAUCAAGGCGUUGGAAGAUUUGGUAGAUGUAUAUGGGUAUGAAAUUGUUCUCCCUGUUGUGUUGGGCCAUUAUUUGGAUCCAAAGGUGGGAAUUGAUGAGAGAUUAAGAACCGGUGAGGUGAUUUUAAGGAUAAUACAACGGCUAGACGAGAUGUUAACUGGUGAAGCGGUGCAAAUGAUUGUCGAUGCACUACUAUCUAUUGUAUCGGUGAGGUCUAACCAGACCAGUUCACCUGAUAGCACACCUGAUAGCAGACUACGAAUGUCGGCAAUGAGCGUGCUCGGGGCAACCUGUGAAAUAAAUCCAUUAGGUGUUGGCAAGUAUCUGCCAGAUAUUGUAGACUGUGCAGUAGGAAUCCUGACCUUUGAACAGAGUGAUGAUAUGGCUAUAAUGAGGCGGUCAGCUGUGGUUUUGAUAGGCUCACUUGCAAAAGGAUUCGAGACGUUGGAUGGUAUUCCGAGGAGAGAGAUUGAUAGAGUUCUCACCCGUAUUCGUUAUGCCAAGGACACUGAUAAUGAUCCUCUAGUGAGGGUGCAAGCUGCUUUUGCAGUAGGAAUUGGUUCUUCAGGAAGAGGAGGAGCAUCUGAUUCUGCAUCAGGAACAGGCUCUUCUGGCAAAGGAGGAGCAUCUGAUUCUGCCUCUGGAACUGGUUCUUCUGGCAAUGGAGGAGCUUCUGGUUCAGUAUCUGGAACUGGCUCUUCUGGCAAAGGAGGAGCAUCUGAUUCUGCCUCUGGAACUGGCUCUUCUGGCAAAGGAGGAGCAUCUGAUUCUGCCUCUGGAACUGGUUCUUCUGGCAAAGGAGGAGCUUCUGAUUCUGCCUCUGGAACUGGUUCUUCAGGCAAUGGAGGAGCUUCUGGGUCAGUAUCCGGAACUGGUUCUUCUGGCAAUGGAGGAGCUUCUGGUUCAGUAUCUAGAACUGGUUCUUCUCGCAAUGGAGGAGCUUCUGGUUCUGCCUCUGGAACUGGUUCUUCUGGCAAUGGAGGAGCUUCUGGUUCAGUAUCUGGAACUGGUUCUUUUGGCAGAGGGGGAUCUUCCGGAACUGGCUCCAAAGGAAGAGGUGGAGCUUCUGGUUCAGUGUCUGGAACUGGCUCUAAAGGUAGUGGUGGAAUAUCAUCGCGAUCUCCAGAAUCCAAAGUUUGA